AUGGAUUCCUUCCAGCAGCAACAGCAGCAGCAGCAGCCCCGUGGCGCUUGCUACUCUUGCGGUUCUACCGCUCACCAGGCCCGCGACUGCCCCACCAAGGGUCCCGCUAAGUGCUACAACUGUGGUGGCGAGGGUCACAUGAGCCGUGAUUGCACUGAGCCCAUGAAGGACAACAAGUCCUGCUACAAGUGCGGCCAGCCCGGCCACAUCUCCCGUGACUGCCCCAUGAGCGGCGGUAGCGGCCAGGCCACUGAGUGCUACAAGUGUGGUGAGAUCGGCCACAUUGCCCGCAACUGCAACAAGUCUUCUUACGGUAACAACUACGGCGGCGGUUUCCAGCAGGGCGGUGCCGGCAAGACCUGCUACUCUUGCGGUGGUUUCGGCCACAUGUCUCGCGAGUGUGUCAACGGCAUGAAGUGCUACAACUGUGGCGAGUCUGGCCACUACUCCCGUGACUGCCCCAAGGAGUCCGCUGGUGGUGAGAAGAUCUGCUACAAGUGCCAGCAGCCCGGACACGUCCAGUCCCAGUGCCCCGGCAACUAA